UGGUCGCGGUACCGCUGGAGAAUUUCUCCACCUUUCGAUGAUCAAAGUGCUCGCCUGACUGAGGUGGCAAACGUUUCGUUCACUGCGCGAUCGUUCGGUCAUUUCCUUUCUUCGAGUACGUUUUCACCGUUGUUGCAAUUUACGAUUCGGCUCGUUCGCAUUUACGUUUUACUAACACGCAUGUUUCAAGGUGAAAUUUUCUGAAUAAUUUUCAGUGAGGUGAUUUCGACGAGAUUUUCUGAGAAACGCGGUUGUCGAUCGAAAAGUGAUCGAGCUAAUAUCUUCGCUCGCAAGAGACAAGUGAGAGGCGUACAAGAAAUGCAUCUUGCCAAUAUACAAUCUUGCAAUUCCUAAAAACCGAAAACACAGAGACGAGAGGAAAAUAGUUGUUUCCGUGUAGUCAUCCAAUACCGUUAAGACACACGUUCGAGGAAAAAGAAUCCACAAUGAUCCUCAUGGCUCUUCGAGCUAAUCAAGUUCUGGAGGAGAAGCGCUGACAAAGCUCGAGAGCGAUCAUAGAUAGAAAAAUGACCGUCGCGAUGGAGCACAAGCGGAAGAGUUCGUGGGAUUCAAAGAUUUCGGUGAGUACAGUGAGUACCAGAAGGUUCAGCCGUGCUGGAACACCAAGCUCGAUCCUAUCAUCCGACAGCGACAUCCGUUUCACGAGAAAACUCGGUGGCCAGUAUCGCUGCGGAUGCUGCGUCCUCGCCGCUUUCUUAUUCUUCCUCCUCUUCUCGGGUGUUUCUAUAUACCUCGGCUACACGUUCCUCACUUCGGAUCCACCGGGUGAUCAGAUAUUUCUCGCAACAUUCCGUGUUAUCAAAGGUGACUCUUUCACCGCGGAACUUGCAGAUCCUUCUACUGAGACUUUCCGGAUACGAUCACGAGAAUACCGCGAUCGCUUUAAUCUUAUCUUUCGCCGCAGCUGGUUGAAAUUAUCGUUUCUUACAGCAGAUGUUUUGGCGCUUGACGGGGUGGAAGGACGCGAUUUGGUGGUGCAUUUCGAUAUUAGGUUUGAUCCACGAUAUCAGACUAUAACUACUGGAAAUAUCGUAGACAUUCUGUCACGAGAAUUAAAUCCCGAAACUUCGCGCUAUCUGGCGAAUCUGACAAUAGAGACGAAGAGUCUCGAGGUACAAGAAAGUCUGAAGGCCCUGAACGCGCAAAUUAAUCCACAAUCAACUAUCUCGACGUUACCGCCGACAACGACAGCACCUCCGCCAAGAAAAUGCAACAAACUGGACUUGCCCUAUUGUAAACAUCUCCCUUAUAAUAUUACGUCGUAUCCAAAUAUAUUGGAGCAUAGAUCGUUGGCAGAUGUCGAGGAGGAUGUUAUUGCUUUUAGAGAACUAGUGGACGCGGAAUGCUAUCCAUUGGCCUACGACUUUAUCUGUCAGGUACUGCAGCCUGCGUGUCAAGUGAGUCAUCCAGAAGAUCUGCUACAGUUGCCUUGUAGGAGCUUUUGCAGGGAAUUUUGGAAUGGAUGUGGCAGUCGUCUUUCUGAGAAGAUAAAACGCGCCUUGGAUUGCUCCAACUUUCCAGAAUAUGUCGGUCCUGGCAGUUGCAGACCGAAGCCAGGAUGUGUGCAAGCACUUCAAUCUAAAGCUUUAUCUCCGAGAAUUUGCGAUGGCGUGAUCGAUUGUCCGGAUCUGUCGGAUGAAAAGAAUUGUGCCUAUUGUCGAGAUGGUUACAUGCAUUGCGGAGUAGGAAGAACCUGUAUACCGCAUACAAAACGAUGUGACGGCAAUGUGGACUGUCCGAAUGGCAGCGAUGAAAAAGAUUGUCUACUUCUGGCGCCGAGCGUUCACGUAUUAAAAUCACAAUCCUGGAGCACACCUCAUGUCGCGAAAUACAACAAAGAGGGUUACGUUGUAUUUAAUGAAAAAGGUACUAUUGGCAAACUUUGUACAGCAAACCUAAACGCUACCCUACCGGAAACGGAAAUGGAUAAUGUUCUUCAAACAGCAGCGAGCUCAUUAUGCACUUUACUCACAUAUACUGGCGUGGCUCUUGUUGAAAUAAGAAUUGAUGACGAAGAAGAUGUCCCGUAUGUAUACAUGGAAGAUCCAUCAGCACCGGAAAUCACUUUUGUCAGGGCUCCUUGUCCUAGCAAGGAAGUCUUGUACGUUCGCUGUUCCGAUCUUGAGUGUGGAAUACAACCUUUACGUGCAAACGGCGGUACUCAAAGUCUUAAUAAGAUGGCAGAACCCGGUGACUGGCCUUGGCAUGUUGCACUCUUCAAGGAGGGAGUUCAUGUUUGCGAUGCUACUCUCGUGGCGGAUAAUUGGUUGCUCACAACCGCAUAUUGCUUCCAAGGUCAACCCAAAGCAGAGUGGUUGGCUAAACUUGGUGUCGUACGACUUUCAAGUACAUCACCUUGGCAACAAGAACGCAGAAUCGUCGGCAUGAUUAAAUCACCGGUGGAAGGCACAACUGUUUUGGUAAAAUUGGAUAGACCAGUAACGACCUUCUCGGAUUUUGUAAGACCGGUUUGUUUACCCUCCAGCGAAGACUCACCGAGCAAUACAUCGCAAUGCAACACUCUGGGUUGGGCAAGAAAUCGUGAUUUACUGCAAAGAGUACAGUUGAAACAUAGUGCAAUGGAAAAGUGCGAAAAUAUUAGUAUCCCCUCGGUGAAUAGCGUUUGCACUGAGCAAGCAUAUUCCACGGAUGAUUGCAAUGAGGAAGAACUCGCCGGCAGUCCAAUGCUGUGUUUUCAAGCGGAUAGUCGAAGAUGGGCAUUGACUGGUAUUGGUAACUGGAGAAUAGCUUGCUCGAAAGAUGGCAUCGAAAGACCUCGAUUAUACGACAAAAUUUCAUCACAUAUUGACUGGAUUAAAUCUACCAUUAGUUGAGAGCUUUAAUUGAAUUACUCAGAUAAGCAUUAUCUGUUAAAUAUUUUUUUGUGAACGAAAUAUAUUCUUGAGAAAAAAUUGGGCAAAAGGAAAAGAAAUGUCCAUCGCGCGCAUUCCAAAAUUGUGACUUAUAUAUUGAAAAGUUAGAAAUUAUUAUAUUAUACGAUGUUGUUAUAUGCUGAUAGAUUCAAUCAUAUCUAUUUUGUAUGAGUACAUGUUACUGUUAUCAGUAGUGUCGGCAGAUAAAAAUUUAUCUUUCAUUAAUCACCGGAAUGUGCAAUCGUUUCUAUUCUCUUCUACAAGUGUAAAUAUCUUCUUUCUUAAUUUAAAACAAAAAUUCUUUUUGUAUUACUGUGGCAUAACUUUUUAAUUUAUUUUUUUGCCCUACAUUUAUUCUUUACCAUAUGUAU